AUGGCACCUCCGUCAAAUGUAUGCGCAGGCUGUCGGAAAGGAAUUGAAAGUAAACAAUAUUUACAAUGCUGUUCAUGUCGUCAAACGUACGACCUUCUCUGUGCUAAUAUAGCCAUAAGGCAGUAUAACAGCAAAACCUCUGAAUAUAAGCAAAAAUGGACCUGUGUUGAGUGCAAAUGUAAAAUACCAAAGGCAGACAACUCAAACACUCCCAUUCGUUUAGGAAGAACAGACACUGAGUCUGAAAAUCACAAGAAAAUCGAGCAGGAUAACUUUACAUCUAAUAACUUCAUCCCCACAGAUGACCUGCCGAACAAUAGCCUCGCUGACAAUACUCCCAGUAUGAAUGUAACGACCCGCAAACAUCCUAAUAAAUUCCAUAACCAAAAUAGCCAAUUACGUGACCUUAUUUCACCUGAAAAAUCAUUUAUAGACGACCUACGCUCCAGUAUUCGAGAAGAGAUGGAACAAGCUUUGAGCGAGCGCCUGCCUAUUUUAAUUAGCAAUUUCGUAGCCGAACAAGUUGCUCUAGUUGUAAACACUACUAUCACGAAGCUAAACGAUCGAAUAUCGGAUCUUGAAAAAAAGUUGGAGAGAAUGGAGGCACGGCAAAUCUCCGAAGGAAUACAGACUGAACUAUCGAAACAGCCCAGAAUAGACACAGCUUUGGCUAAGAGUCUCUGCAAAACAUCUAAAAGUCAGAAUACGUGUAAUGAAACCUGUGGAACUCAAGAUAACCAGGACAUUAACUCAGAGGAUGUGAUGCAAAAUAGUGGGUGGACAGAAGUAAACAGGAGAGAAAAACAGAAGUACAAGCAGCCCACUGGGAUUAUGAGAGGAACAGCUUCACCAGGUGCUACCCAACUGGAAGCUUCAGAACGCUGGCGGUACUUGCACUUAUUUUAUGUGAAGGUUGGCACCACCGAAAACCAAACUAGAUUUUCCGGGAUAAAAGUAGUGAAUUGGAACAAUGAGAUUCAGCGCGGCACAGCUGUCGCAUUACAAGUUUGCCGGUCGUCGGUGGGUGUUUACUCGACACAUGGCAAACAACGGGAGCCCGGAUGCAGGGGCAGCGUGCUCACGCGGGAUGCACCGCCACACGUCCCCGACUAUUGA